AUGGGUUCCUUCGAAGACUCUCCUUCAGAGAAGCACCGGUUUGGAACAUUAGCUGUUCAUGCCGGCGCCCCUCACGACCCAGUCACUGGCGCUGUCAUUGCUCCGACGAGUGUUGGCAAUCCUGUCGGUCUCUAUGAGUACACCCGCAGCGCAAACCCCAAUCGGUUAGUAAGGACGAUAAAGAUAAGAGAUGCCGAGGCUAAUUACAACCCCAGCGAUAACUUCGAGCAAGCCAUUGCUGCUCUCGAGCAUGCCAAAUACGCUCUUGCAUUCUCCUCCGGCUCUGCUAGCACCGCCGUCAUCCUACAGUCCCUCGCUACCGGAUCUCACGUUAUUUCAGUCUCUGAUGUGUAUGGUGGCACCCACCGCUAUUUCACCAAGGUCGCCUCAGCGCAUGGUGUAGAUGUCACAUUCUCUCCGGCGAUUGAACUCAAUGUCGAGGGAUUGAUUCGCCCCGAGACGAAGAUCAUCUGGAUUGAAACCCCUUCCAAUCCCACUCUAGGUCUGGUAGAUAUUAGUGCUGUCGCCGAAAUCGCCCACCGCCAUGGCAUCCUGGUGGUUGUGGAUAACACCUUUAUGAGCCCCUAUGUACAAAACCCGCUAGAUCACGGUGCGGAUAUUGUCACACACUCGGUGACUAAAUACAUUAAUGGCCAUUCAGACGUCUUGAUGGGCGUUGCCGCAUUCUCAUCCGAGUCUCUGAAAGAGCGCUUGACUUUCCUACAAAACGCUAUCGGUGCCGUUCCCUCUCCAUUCGACUGCUGGCUUGCUCAUCGCGGUCUCAAGACCCUGCACCUGCGUGCCCGCGAAGCAAACACAAAUGCCAUCACCGUGGCCGAAGCCCUUGAUGCUUCUCCCCACGUCCUCUCGGUCAACUACCCCGGUCUAGACUCCCACCCACAGCGCAAAAUUGCCAUCAAGCAGCAUCGCAACGGCAUGGGCGGUGGCAUGCUCAGUUUCCGUAUCAAGGGCGGCCAGACCGCCGCUCACAAUUUCUGCAGGUUCACCAAGAUCUUCACGCUGGCCGAGAGCCUCGGUGGCGUCGAGAGUCUUUGUGAGGUUCCUUCUAGUAUGACUCAUGCUGGUAUCCCUCAAGCCGAGCGUGAAGCCGCCGGUGUCUUUGACGAUCUUGUGCGCAUAAGCUGUGGUAUUGAAGAUUCCGAGGAUCUAAAGAAUGAUGUGCUGCAGGCGCUGGAUCUUACGGUGGCCGAGUCCAAAACUAAUGGCCGGGCAUGA